AUGUUUGGUGCUUUGAGACAAUUCCACUGGCGUGAACAUGAUGAGCCUUACCAUCAGAUCCCGCUUGAAGAAGAGGAUGAGAAAGAGCACGGUCCUUUUCUGAAGCAGCAAGCAAAGCUGCCAGUUAGGCUCUUCUGGUUACGCCAUCUUCUGACGUUCAUCCUUGGUCUGGCCGUGGGACUCACUGCAAUCAUUCCACUGCUGGUCUCCCAACAUGCGGCAUCGCAUCUACGAGGGAAACGACUGAGUACCGCAAUUCCGUCUACCGUUUUUUCGCCGAAGAUUCCCACAUCUUGGGUGCCAGAUGAUCGAUACGUCGGCUUUUCCGAGUUCAGCAACGCCAUGUGGCAUCGUCUUGUGAAAACAUCGGAAAGUGUCUGGAUCGGCAACCCAGCAAAAUAUGGAUUAGGAGCGGGUUUUGAAGCGCAAUUCAAUCACUCGUCGAAAUCACAACUUCCGCCAAAGUUCUACCAUAUCUCUAAUCUUCAUCAACUGCACUGCCUAAAUAUUAUCCGUGGACGCUACUUUGAGCUGUAUCUCGAUCUUCCCUCGCUAUCUAAGCAAUCAGAAGUUGCAGCUCAUGAUACAGCGUAUCACAUGGACCACUGCAUCGAGUAUCUACGUAUGACCAUCAUGUGUGGUGGGAGCUGGGAUGUCGAGUCGAGCAGCCCCCCUGGCACGCCCUCAGAAUUGCGAAAAGAUCCAUUCGGUCACCCUAUCGGUUGGGGAGGUAUUCGAAAUUGUGUUAACUGGGAUGCUCUCAUGACAUGGCAAAAGCAACAAUUGGAAGCAUACAAGGACACAUGGCCUUUCUGA